ACGGACUUCCCGCUUCUAUCCAUUUUUCUCUUUUCUGUUUUUGUUUGCGAACUCCUUACCGCGGUUUCUAUUCGACUUCAUAUGUCUUGAAGAAAUUUUUAUCAAUUAAUUCCCACUUGUAACCUCCAAUCCUCUUCAUUUUGAUCCGUUUCUUCUUAUUUCCUAAUAUGUUUCUGCAGUUUCUUCUUAUUUUCUACUACGUUUCUGCAGUUUCUUCUCAAGUCAAACGCCUUUAGAUCUUCGUCUUUCGAGGUUGUUCAUCACUCCGUUAUCGUCAAGAAAGAUCUCUUGCGGGAUGCUGGAUUCCUUUUUGUCAUCCUAGACGGCUCUUGAAUGCUAAAUCUGAAAGGUGCUGAGAGAGUACGGAUACACUUUCUUUACUAGGUACGACUCAAACUGAUAAGAACCGAUGGCAACUUCACCGACUGCUAAAAGGGAUGAGGAACAUGGCCUUCCUAAACAGAAAGAUGGAGGAGAGUCUACAGUUGAGAUUGAACAGUCCUUGUCAGUUUGUGAGGAUAGCACUACAAAAAAUGGAUUUGAUGAAGUAGCAAAGGAUAAGAACAUCGAUUUAAAAUGUGAGGCUCAAGAUGAAGUGGUGGAGAGGGAGAACGUUGAAGGUGAUUUUCAACUCGAGGUGGAAGCCAAGUUAGAUUUGCAGUCUAAAUCUGUAGUUGAAAAGUCGGACCAGAUUAUUAGAAGCGAUGACUCUAAUGAAAAGCUAGAAGAGGAUAAGAAUGCAGAAUCUAAAUCGUCAUCAGAUGAUUCAAACAAUGAUGGUGAAGGUUUAGAUUCUAAGGCUCAAAUGGGGGCAAACGAACCAAAUGGAGAAGUUAUUGACGAGGAGAAAGCUCCAGAGCCAGUCUUUGAUGGGACUGAGGUUCCUGGGAUCGAAGGUAGUGGUAGUUUGUCAAACCGUUCCAUGGAUAGUGAUUCAGAGAGCCGAAGUGUUGUUGAUAGGGCUUUGACACUGAAAAACUUUGUUAAGGAAAAGGGUGUAGUUGCAGUCUCUAGUGUUUUACGUCGUUUGUCAGGAAAAAAAGAUGAAGAAUGUUCGGAUAUUCCGAAUGACGAGACUAAGGAUGAGUCCAUUUCCAGUAAAGAAAAUGAAGUCAAGAAAAUCCCUGAAAAACCUUCGGAAAGAUCUGCUGCAUGGAAUCCCCUCAACUAUAUUAAGAUGUCGCGUGAUGCUGAUGCACAAAUCAAAACUGAGCAGUUGGAGGAUGUUGGUGGUGAAUCAAAAUUAGAUGCUGCAAUGAAAGGCAGAAUUCUUCUGUACACACGGUUAGGCUGUCGAGAAUGCAAAGAGGCUCGACUGUUUUUGUUUUGGAAGAGACUUAGAUACGUCGAGAUCAAUAUCGAUGUUUAUCCGGGUAGAAAGUUGGAGCUAGAGAAUAUUGCUGGGUCUUCUGCCGUUCCGAAGGUAUUUUUUAAUUCAAUCCUUAUUGGAGGCUUGAACGAACUGAGAGAAUUGGAUGAGUCGGGCAAGCUUGAUGAGAAAAUUGAUUAUCUGAAAGCUGAAGCACCAUCACUUGAAGCCCCUUUACCACCUCUUUCUGGUGAAGAUGAUGUCUCCAAUAGUGGGACUGUUGAUGAAUCGGCUAUGAUUGUUCGAAAAAUGAAAGAAUCUAUUGUUGUUAAGGACCGGUUCUACAAAAUGCGACGAUUCACCAACUGUUUCCUAGGCUCAGAAGCUGUGGACUUCUUGUCAGAGGAUCAAUAUUUGGAAAGGGAAGAGGCUAUUGAAUUUGGACGAAAGCUCGCAAGUGAACUUUUCUUCCAACAUGUUCUCGAGGAAAAUCUAUUUGAAGAUGGUGGCCACUUAUACCGGUUCUUGGAGGAUGAUCCCGUUGUUGCAAAUCAGUGUCACAACGUUGCAAGAAGUAUUAUUGAGGUGAAGCCAAAGCCGAUAACGGAUAUUGCAUCAAGGUUGAGAUUUUUAUCCUAUGCCAUUUUUGAAGCCUAUGUAUCAGAGGAUGGAAAGCAUGUAGAUUACAUAAGUAUUCAUGGGAGCGAGGAAUUUGCUAGGUAUUUGAGAAUUGUUCAGGAGCUCCAAAGAGUUGAACUACAAAAUUUGUCUCGGGAGGAGAAGCUUGCAUUCUUUAUUAAUCUCUACAAUAUGAUGGCCAUCCACGCAAUAUUGGUAUGUGGUCAUCCUGUUGGGGCGCUGGAAAGAAGGAAGCUGUUCGGAGACUUCAAAUAUGUUAUUGGAGGGGCCACCUACUCCCUUUCAGCUAUUCAAAAUGGAAUUUUGAGGGGCAAUCAGAGACCGCCUUACAAUCUCAUGAAACCAUUUGGUGCAAAAGAUAAACGUUCUAAAGUUUCUCUUCCGUAUGUGGAGCCUUUAAUUCAUUUUGCACUAGUUUUUGGUACCCGAUCUGGGCCUGCUCUUCGAUGCUAUUCUCCUGGGAACGUAGAUCAAGAGUUGAUGGAAGCAGCUCGAAGUUUCUUAAGAGACGGAGGACUUGUCCUCGAUCUGAAUAACAAUGUUGCAUCAGUUAAUAUGAUUCUUAAAUGGUUUAGCACCGACUUUGGAAAGAACGAGCAAGAAGUCUUGAAGCAUGUAGCAAACUACUUGAAACCAGAUGAUUCACAAGCGCUGCUUGAAUUGCUUGACAGUUCUCAGUUGAAGCUCAGAUACAUCAUGGCCAAGCAGAAGGCAUGUGACGUGCAGGUGAGGCAAUAAACUGUUUUGUCUACAAGGUAAAACCAACAUUCUACAGUUUAACUUCAUUCGGAACUCCUUGAAAGCAUCUGUUGGUGUUUUCCUUAGUACCAUGUAAUUGUGCAUCUAAUUGUAAUGUGCAUUUCUUUUUAGUUCAAUACCAUUUGGGAAUAGAGAGACAUUUGUACCUUUGACCUAUUGCCCAAAAAUGCAUGUCAAUUACUGCUAUAUUGUGCAAAUUGUACUUGAUUAUAGAUCUCAGUUUGUUCAACA